AUGUCUGAUCUGCCGCAUGUGUCAAGUAGCGAACUUUGGAAGGACCCAGAUUGCGCCAAGCCAAGACCAACCGUCGAACUCCACACACCAAACACUGAUCGCCAGCCAAACCACGGCCAACAUCUGCCCUAUCAGGACUCAGAAGCGUCGGCUUCUGGAGAACAACCCAGCAACACGCCAAAAGCUAUCCGCUUUUCAUCUGUGAGGGGAUCCGAAGUCCAGGGCAAACACACCUUUCUGAAUGAAACUCCAAAGCCAUUGAAAAGUACAACUACAGAACCACAAUCAGAAUUCGGCCUGGCGAUCGCCUACAACGGGCCCUGCAUUGCAAACAUCGGAAUCUCGCCUGGUGACAAACCCUCCUAUUAA